AUGAAGUUCUUGGAAUAUCCGGGCAUGGACGCCAUCAACAGCGCACUCAACUUUGAGACACCCGAGUGCAAGGUCUUUGGCCGCGUCGAGCCCUACUCCUGCAAGGCCGCGGGAGCAGACAAGAAGCUAUACAAACAACUCGAAAACAAAUACGACCCAACCUCAAACACCAACAUCCUCAGCCCACCAGAGGAUGACUCUAUUCGGAAUAUCAUCUCGCCCUUUGGGCCUAUGGAUCAGCCUGCUUCUAGGAAGACGCUGUUUUAUCUUAUUGGAACUCUCAACGCCUCCUUUCCUGAUUAUGACUUCUCGGACACGAAACCGGAACACUUUCGCAAGGAACCGUCGGUCGGGAUAGUGGUCAACUCGAUCAACGCAACACUGUUUAACCACGGAAACGAACGAGUCGUCAAGGACUUGCAGAUCUGGGAGUCCAUUGACCAACUGAUUGGCCUCGAAGACUCGGACGUCUACUCCUUCAACCCCGACACCGACUCUGACCCCAACGACGAAGAAGGAGGCGGCACCCUGUGGUCGUUCAACUACUUUUUCUACAACAGGAAACAAAAGAGAAUCAUUUACUUCACUAUGCGAGGGGUCAGCAACGGGGUACCCGUGGACGAGGACGGCGAAGAAGACGACGGAAACUUUUCCAACACGGACGAUGAUCAAGAUGGUGUCGGCCACCGGCGGAAACGGAGUAACGUGGAUGAUGACUUUGUGGCAGGAGAUAUGGACAUGUCCUAA